AUGGACAAUUUGCGCUUGGAGUACUGCAAUUGCGUCAAUGCCAUCGAGUUUCAGAAUGAAAUGCUGGCAGAGCUCGUUGAAGAGCUUCUCCAGCUCCGGCAGCAGCUUCGCAGCGGUCAGGUCAGCUCACAGGAGCUGGGCAUCCGCUUGGCGACCUUGAAGUUGGAUCUCUCGGACCGGAAGACAAAGCGCUUCUUCAAGGAGAAGGAACGGAAGAGUCUGUUGGAGACACUGACUCCCGCCAUCGCGGAAGCCAAAAUGCAGAGGUUCUUGGCCGAACAAGCCCAAGAAGGUGUACCGGAGGCCACCAAAAUGGAGGAGCCACCAGUCACCUUGGAAGAACCAAAAGCAGGUGUUGCACGAAGGCGCUACAAGCACUACAGUGAUGCAGACCUUGCUUCGUUGCUUCGAGAGAAGGACGAUGCGGCGUCCGGAAGGGACGUGGAGCCGGAGCAUCGGUGCGUUUGGGGAGGUGUGGGUGAGAGCCACAUCACGGCUUCCCUUCCUCGUGCACACAUGGCGAAGUAUCGUCUGGCUUAG